AUGGUGGCCGCUGACGAUGUGGCGACUCUGGCGUCCUCUCCCCCAGCGGGAGAGUCGGCCUCUCACCCUUUCACCUGCAACACAUGCACCAUUGCCUACAGGAAUAUCGACCUGCAGCGAGGCCACAUGAAGAGCGACUGGCACCGCUACAACCUCAAGCGCCGUGUCGCCUCCCUGCCUCCCAUCACUUCCGAGACUUUCAACGAAAAGGUUCUUCAGGCUCGCGCCGUCCAGACUGCCGAAGCCGAGAAGGCUCUGUUUGAGCGCUCUUGCGAAGCCUGCCAGAAGAACUACUCGAGCGAGAACGCCUACCAGAACCAUCUAACCAGCUCCAAGCACAAGCUGCGUCUGGCCGCUCUCGGCCGUCGUGGCAGCAGAGCCGACGAUGCCAGCUCCGUCAUGAGCUCCACCUUUUCGCUGGGAGACCCCAUCGCCGCCGACAAGGAGUCUGUUGAUUCCGAUGCUGAGGAGGAGUUCACACAGGUUGUCGAGGGCCUGAGGAACGCCAAGCUGGACCACAAGCAGGACGAGAACCGCCCCUCGCCCGUCAAGCGUCCCUCCAACCCCCAGCCGUCCGCUCAGGGACACCGCAGUGAAGACCACCCUGUCUCCGACGAGGCCGGUGAGGGUGAGACCGAGUCUUCCACACCCGUUCCCAAGUCGGAGAUCAGCUGGACCCUCAAGUCCUGCAUCUUCUGCAACUACGACUCGCCCACCGUCCCUCUCAACGCCCACCAUAUGGAGCGUUUCCACAACAUGUUCAUUCCCGAGAAGCAGUAUCUUGUCGACCUCGAGGGUUUGCUGCAGCACCUGCUAGAGCGUGUUCACGAGGGCCAUCAGUGCCUGUACUGCUUCAAGACCAAGAACACCGCGUUCGCUGUCCAAACUCACAUGCGUGACAAGGGCCACUGCAAGGUGCCCUUUGACACCGAAGAGACCCAGCUCGAUAUUGGUGACUUUUAUGACUUCAGGAGCACGUACUCUGACGACGAGGAGUCUGAUGAGGAUGAGGAGGAGGAAGUCCAUAAGGGCGGCGCCAAGCUCGGAGCGAGACGUGAGGCCAAGCACAAGGACGAGGAUGGCAAGGAGGUUGGCGAGGGUGACGGAUGGGAGACGGACAGCUCUGCUUCGUCCCUCGACUCUGAAGACCUUACCGCCAUGCCUGCCGAGCGUCACGAUCACCAGUACGAGCGUCUCGACAAGCACCCGCACCAUUCGAAUGCUACGUCCCGCGCCCACCGUCAAGCCGAUGGCUGGCACUCGCACGCGCACAAGCACAACCACGCCGUCUUUUACGACGACUACGAGAUGCACCUCCCCAACGGCAAGUCGGUCGGCCACCGCUCCAUGGCCCGCUACUACAAGCAGAACCUCACAAACUACCCCACCCCCGAAGAGCGCGCUGAGCGCCUCGCUCUCGAGGAGGCCGCCUCGAGCGACGACACGGAGACGGAGGGCAACAGCGACCGCAGGCUCGCCCCCACCCGCAAUGGCCGCGCUCUCGCGCGCCGCGAUGCCGCCGGCAUGGUCGGCCUCUCGGGCGAGAAGAAGCGCGCCAUCCGCGACUCGGAGGAGCGCGGUCGCAAGUCUGGCGAGCUGCGCGAGAAACGCAACGACUACAAAUACGGUGUCAAGAACAACAACCAAAAGACCUACUACUACCGCUACCAGAUGGGUGGUUGA